AUGACCACAAAGUCGAAUACUCGAUCACGUUCCGAAUCAAGCGCGUCUACAAGCGAGUCUAUAACCACGCUAUCAACGGAUUCAUCGUUCAAUGAAUCUUGCUCUCGGGGAUCCCGGGACGCUGCGAACAACUCCGAUGAAGGUGAAGAUGACCGACGUGUGAAUGAUGACGAUUUCCCUAGUUCAGCACGGAGACGAAUCAACCCUAUCCUAAAACUGAGGUUUGAUAAUCGGGGAAAGGAGAGCCAACAAAGACCAAGACUUCUGUUUCGGGCCUUCGACACCGAACAUGGACUACAUGCUCGCUUCUUUCAAGGCUGGCCCUCUUCAAGACCUCUACCGCCACCUCCAACAUAUGGUAGCGACAAAUUCGGAAAGCUAGCUUACCGACAUCUUGUCCAAGAUAGAGCAUUUCCAUCGCCCUUCUUGUCACUUACUGAAAAUCCUAGACGGGCAUUGGAGCUCCACCUCGCUAAUACUUCAGGACAUCGGUCUUUGGCGAUUUUGGACUAUAAUGUACUCGAAGAAGAGUUAAAGAAGCUAUACGGUUCAGAUGCUGGACCUUGGCUCGUCCCUGAAGUUACAAAAAGAUACAAUUUCACGGACCUGGCGAAGGUUGAUGAUGAUCGGCCUCGUACACUCAUCGAGGGAGAUGGUUACACAGGUAGAGGCGAAUUCCUCAUCUGGGCCUCUGUACCCUGUGAUGCUAUUGCUGUACUGUCUUACGAUGAAGCCCUCCGGGUCUAUCAUGUCCUCGAUGCACUGGAACAGUCCAAAUCAGCUAUGGAUGAGUCCUCUGGUUCACUGAUUGGUAAAUGUCUAAGGGGCAUCCCACCCGUGUAUAAAGCUGUGGUGGGACGUAAACUUGCUCGUGUGUUUAAGAUUCCUGGUUACGAAAAGGAUCGUCAUUCAAUCUAUCUUGAGAGAUUUAUUGAGGCUGUUGAGGCAGGCUCACCAGAUAGCGCCUCAACUGAGGGAGAAGACAAGACCGGAUUCGACACUGAGAGUGUUCAACCUCAAGAACAAGCCACUCAAGUGCAUGAUUUCAUUAGGGAGCUUGAGAUAGCCGGCGCCUACAAGUCUACCUCGACAGAGUCCAACGGCAUAUUGUGA